AUGGCACUCAUUUCGCACAUGUUAACCUUUCACAGGCUCACAAGUUGCAAGCCCUCAUGCAUUCCCUCGCAUCUUGAUCAUCAUGAUGUUUCUCUUGACCAAGCGAGCCUUGAUUUGACAAUCGAGCUUCAACUAGAAGAUGCGCGCAAGUUAGUCAAGGGGAAACACAGGACAGGCGAGACCCCCGACGGAGAGCUGGCGGCGGAGCUUGACAAGCUCGAGCUCGAGUCUCUUGCCACGUUUCGUGCAGACCAAGCCAUUAGUCGCAGCAUUGCCCGUGCCGUCCUGUCAGACGCAGAGGUCAUCCAGGACCAUGUCGAGGAGGAGCGGCAGGCCGGGCGUCCUCCAACGGCUGUCGACAAACGACGUUGCGUGGCGUGCAUGGCCGACGUUGCAUGCUUUGAGACGGUACGACGUCCCUGCUCGCAUGAAUACUGUCGCGCGUGCAUGGCCGAUCUCUUCCAAUCGGUAAUCAAGGACGAGUCGCUGUUCCCUCCCCGGUGCUGCAGUCAGCCUAUCCCUCUUGGCCUUUUUCAAACUUUCCUUCCGGCAGAGUCAGCAGGGCGGUAUCGAGCCAAGGAGCUGGAGUAUACCACCAAGGACAGAACGUACUGCCACGAAGCCGCCUGUUCUACUUUUAUUCCGACGCAUCUCAUCCGUGGGGAAGUUGCAACGUGCGUCAAGUGCUGGAGCAAGACUUGCACAAUCUGCAAGGGCUCAUCUCAUGAUGGCGGCUGUCCUCAGGAUGUGGCAACGAUGGACCUGCUCAAUUUGGCAGCAGAGAAUGGGUGGCAGAGAUGUUACUCGUGCCGCAGAAUGGUCGACUUGGAACUCGGCUGUAAUCACAUAAGUGAGCUGCUUCGCUGA